AUGGCCCCAAGAUAUAUGCUCGAAGUUAAUGUUGAUGAUGUGAUCAUAGAGGAGAAUGCUCUUUAUGUCAACCGAAGUCACAAUGAGUAUGAUAAUUUGAUAGAAAAAGUAUUCAACAAUGAGGAAGAGACAUAUAAUUUUUAUAAUGAGUAUGCUAUUGGAACGGCUGGAUUUCUAUCAUCGCAACCGAAUGAAAGCACUAACAAUGUUUUGAGAGAUGUGGCAAACAAAACUACUUCACUUAAGGAAUUUGUUAAAUCAUUUAAGGAAAUUGUUAAGAGAUGGCAUUCUUUUAAGGCUCAAGAGGAUUUUCAUUAUCAAGCAAAAUGGUGUAAAAAUGCAAGAAAUAGAUGGUUAGAAGAGGGGACGCAUAAUGCUAGUAUGGAUGGUAAGAAUGAUGAUUAUGAGAUGGUUUAUCGAAAUAACAUGAUGCGGAAUGCUUACAAUAUCAUCUUGAAGAGUCAAGGAAACGUAAAAGCAAGAGAGAUUGUUCAAGAUGGACUAAAGAAAAUUGAUAAAGAUAUUGAGAAUGAAUUGGCCAAAUUGAGCAUUUCUUUAGAUGGUCAAGAAAUGGAAAAUGAAAUGGAUGAUGGGCAAAAUGUAGAAAAGACACUUGAUGUUAAUCCUAUCUUGAACCCCCUCGUGCAAUGA